CCAGUUUGGAAGAGUUUGCUUGUUUUGGAUUCCAAUAAAAAUCUUGUUCUCGGAGUUUAUCUUCUCCAAACUGGAAAUUAAGUUGGUGGUGACAGUUGGUGUGCUACUUUCAGAACUGUAGCUUUUGGUUUGUGUUGGAGUGAUCUGAAGCCGUGGCUAAGUUAAAAGAAUACGUUAUGGGAGAGGAGGUGCCCCUCAAAGUUGAUCAAGAGCCUGCACCUGUUGAAGAAAAAGAAAAGGAAGAAGAGGAUGAGGAGCUAGCUCGAAAUGGUGUAGCUGAAGGGAAGGUUGUGAUCCCACCUCCUCCUGAUCAGAACAAGAACGCUCCUCCAGUUCAUGAGAUUGAAGGGAAGUUUGUGAUCCCACCUCCUCCUGAUCAGAACAAGACCGCUCCUCCAGUUAAGGAGAAAAUAGCAGAUACUGUUGAGAAAAGUUCGGAGGGUGCAAUUGAUAGAGAUGCAGUGCUUGCACAGGUGACAACUGAGAAAAGGUUGGCUUUAAUUAAAGCAUGGGAAGAGAGCGAAAAAACGAAAGUAGAGAAUAAGGCUUAUAAAAAUCUGUCUGCCGUUGGAUCAUGGGAAAAUAGCAAGAAAGUAUCUGUAGAAGCACAAUUGAAGCAGAUUGAGGAAAAAUUCGAUAAAAAGAAGGUAGAAUAUGCUGAGCAAAUGAAAAACAAAAUUGCUGAGCUCCACAAGGCAGCAGAAGAAAGGAGGGCGACAAUCGAAGCCAAACGAAGAGAAGAUUUCCUUAAGGUAGAGGAGAUGGCUAAAAAGUUCCGCUCUAAUGGAUAUACACCAAAGAAAUUUCUUGGAUGCUUCAGCUUUUAAGGUUACUAAUUAAGCAAGAGCACAGAACAAAUAAAGAAAAGUAUUUUGGAGUUUAGUUUUCCUUUUUAAUUUCUUCUUUGGCUUGGUUUUUUUUUUUUUUUUUCCUUAUCAUAUGAUAAUACUACAGAGUAUGUCUUUGUUAUAUGUAUAAAAUACAAUAUAAAAUAAAGGGCUAUGAAUAUAAUCAAUUAACAUUGUCUCUUCCA